CUCCCCCCUUUCUCUCCCCAAACAAAACAUUUCCGCUGGCAAGAGUCGGCCGUAAACCUAGCCGAGCAGGGCUAGGAAGGAAUGGGAGAGGUCAAGAGCAGAAGUCGACUUGACGCCGCCGGAGCAGCGCUCGGAGGCUGCCUCUCUGGGGCUUUUCCUUCUGCUGGGAGGAGGCGGAGGCCGCUUCGGCCGCUCUCUUCCAGAAGUCCCGCUGGGACCGAAAAGGCGCCCCUUUGGCCGGGCGCGCCAGCCGAAGCCUCCCGUCUUCCCUGAGCAGCCGGCGGCUGCAGAGGCGACAGGGAAGGCAGGCGGGAGGGCUCAGCCGGGCCAAGGGUCGAGAGCUGCCCGCUCUCAUUCUAUUUAAGACGCGGAAUCCCCGAACGCGCCAGCAAAGAGGCGAAAUGCCAGCCUUUGGGUUGCAAAGGUGAGGCGCUCGCCCACCUUUCUCGGCUUAGUGCGGACUGGCGGGUCCCCACGCACAUCCACGCGCGCGCUCGCCCACAUGCAGACACGCGCACGGGGGGGCGAGCGGGAGCAGCCGAAGCAGGCGAAGAUGGCAAUGUCUGUGAUCCAAGCGUGCCGCAGUCUGGCGCUCUCAACAUGGCUGCUUUCCUUUUGUUUCGUGCAUCUGCUGUGCCUGGAUUUCACAGUGGCCGAAAAAGAGGAAUGGUACACGGCCUUCGUGAACAUCACUUAUCCCGAUCCCGGCGGCGGCGGCGGCGGCAGCGAGCUGCGCAGCGAAAAAACGGAGUGUGGCCGCUACGGGGAACACUCGCCCAAAAACGAGGUCUGGGGGCAGGUGGUGAUGACCUCGGCGGCCGCUGACAGGCAAGCUUGCGACCCCAAUGCUAGGUUCGCCGCGCCGGGGUCCGGCAGGCUCUGGAUCGCCCUUAUUCCUAAAGGGAAUUGUACUUACAAGGACAAGAUUCUGCACGCCGCCUCCCAAAACGCCUCGGCCGUGGUCAUCUACAACGUAGGCUCCAGCAAUGCCAACGAGACGAUUACGAUGCCCCCCGCAGGUAUUGAUGAUGUUGUGGCGAUAAUGAUCCCUGAGCCAAAGGGGAAAGAAAUAGUGAGCCUACUGGAGCGGAAUAUUACUGUAAUGAUGCACAUAACAGUUGGAACCCGUAACCUGCAGAAGUAUGUUAGUCGUACUUCUGUUGUGUUUGUAUCCAUCUCCUUCAUUGUGCUGAUGAUCAUCUCCUUAGCAUGGCUGGUCUUCUACUACAUUCAAAGGUUCAGAUAUGCAAAUGCCAGAGACAGAAAUCAGCGCCGUCUUGGAGAUGCUGCAAAGAAAGCAAUCAGCAAACUACAAGUCAGAACAAUAAGGAAAGGAGAUAAGGAAACUGAGUCUGAUUUUGAUAACUGUGCAGUGUGUAUUGAGGGUUACAAACCAAAUGAUGUUGUCAGGAUCUUGCCUUGCCGGCAUCUCUUUCACAAAUCUUGUGUAGAUCCAUGGCUCCUAGAUCAUCGUACCUGUCCUAUGUGUAAAAUGAACAUACUAAAAGCACUAGGAAUUCCGCCCAAUGCAGAUUGUGUAGAUGAAAUCCCUCCAGAUUUUGAAGCUUCUAUAGGAGGACCACCAACCAAUCAGAUUACAGGAGCUAGUGACAUAACUGUGAAUGAAAGCUCUAUAGUAGUGGAUCCUCCUAUCCGGACAGUUGGAGUAUUACAAGUUAUCCAGGAUGCAGAUCCUCUUCCACAGGCUGGGGAAAGUAACAACACCACAAGCAGUGAGCAAGAACCAGCAGUCAGUAGUGAUUCAGAUAUUUCACUGAUUAUGGCAAUGGAGGUUGGACUCUCUGAUGUGGAGCUUUCCACUGACCAAGACUGCGAGGAGGUGAAAUCUUGAAAAAAAGAAAACACCCUUCUACUAAACUAACAGGCAGUAGCAGGAAGAAGAAACCAGUUGUGGUACACAUGAUUAUCUAUAUACACAUGUGCACAUAUGUAAGAUUUGGGUCAGUUGUGUAUACAUUAAUACUCAUAUACACAUGUGCACAUAUGUAACUAUAUGCACCUGCACAGACAUCCAGAACAUUUUGUGAACUCCAGUUAAUUCCAUUCUGGGAUGGUCAUGAAAAGCAAUAGCAACAGAUGUGUCUGCCUGGAUGCAGUUUCAUUAUCAAUUACUUUUGUUCAUUUCAUUGAAAAUGGAAGUUGAAAAUGUACUGUUCUAACCCAUGUGCCAGAAGAAUUAUGCCCCUGCUUACAUGGCUCAGAACCACAUAACUGAAAUGACGGUUUGUUUUUUUCCCUCCAGCUUUGGUUCUUUUUUAAAAGGAAGAAAAGAGAUACCAUAAGGUGAUUAUAGCUGACAUUGAUGGACAUUAGUUUUCUUUCUUCUCAUUAACCCAAGCUUAUUCAAGUAUUCAACUCAGAAAUCUGAAUAUUAUGGUGGGUCACAAAAAUGUAUGAAUGAAUGCCAGGCAUUUUCUACACGAAGAAAGCAUGGCUUCAGGAAGAAAUGGUGCUUCCAAACUUUGACUUGAUUUGAAGACUCUUUUUAUUAAGCUAUUACCAACCUUUGGGGAUCUGGGCUUCCAGGUCUUCCAGACAGGAGAACAGAGGCUGGUUUGAUUGAGAUUGGCAAAUUGCUAUUUAAUCCUGCUGAGUCCUGCUCUGAGCUUUAGGACUUUGAUACAUGACUUCCAAGUGAGAGAAGAUGUGUGAAGACAAUAAUCAGAAUGAGAUUAAAGGUCAACUAGUACAGGUAGCCUUUGCUACCAUUAUAUACCCUUCAUGCGUUCAUGGCUUUUGCAAUCAUUGAUUUGAAAUUAGCUUCACUUAGAAAAAGAAAAUAAGCUUGCCCAAGAACUUUCUGACCUAUGAAUGAGUGGAAUUCAUUGAUAGUUUUUGUGGUUAGAUGGAAAGGAAAGAAAAAUAUUGUAGGAGGGCAGCUGGGUCUAUGGUAGUUUAGGGUAGUUACCAAUGGACUGAGAUUGUUUAUCACACAAGGUAUACCUUGAAAAACAUUUAAUUCCCAAGAAACACACAAGUGUUAGUUACUCUUAUUUUACAAGUGGAAGUUUUCCCAGUUUCCAAGGAAUUUUUCAACUUGUGUGGGAAAGUAUACUCAUACACAGCCUGAUCUUUAUUUAUACAGCUCCAUUUUAAUAUUGUUGGAUAAGAACCAGUGUAAUCUAAUUCAGGGAGAUCCUUUCAUUCCUUUAAGGUAAAUCUAUGCUAAGAAUGAACUGCUUUCCUGCAUACCCCUUAUUCAGACUGAUUGUAGCACAUUUAAAUUCACCUUAAAACCAUUCAGAAGGUCUCAGUUUUAUUAUCAUGUGUGAAAAUAUGCUACAAAUGCCUUUCAUUGUUUAUUCUCCUGAUGUGGAGUAUGAAGGCUAAACCUUUUACUGGUUCCUGGAUAAGUUUAGAUGUAAAUGAAAAGAUGAUUAUUCAUAAUCUUAUUUCUGAAUUGUAAUUGAAAACUGAAACAUUCAAAAGCAAAUUCACUAAGAGUUGUGUGUUUUCUCUAAAUAAUAUAUGUUGAAAAUAAGUGCCAUUAGCUGUUGGAAUUUAAGCGAUCUUGUAUUAUGCUAUCGCUUAAUGGGGCAUGCUAUUUAUGCAGAAGAACAAUGUGUAUUUUAAUCAAAGUACUCAAGAAGGACUUUUCAUCUUAUUUUCUGUCACAAAAGGUUAAGCCAUUACUUCUGACAAGAAGAAGAGUGAUUUCAACCACAGUAGAUAAACAGAGGUAAUACAGUAACUUGUACUAAAAACUGAACAGA